UGAGAAACAGAGUGAGGGGAAGAGGGCCGUCUCCCUCCCGGUUUCCAGUUCUUGCACGCUGUUUCUUAGAGAGUCUGCAGUGGGGGGAACUCUGCCGGUAACCAGCUCCCCUUCUUGCAGGAGGGAGGGAGAAACAUACAUUUAUUCAUGCCGGUCUGUUGCAUGCAAGCUUCUUGGCUUCCUACCUUGCAACAAAAUAAUUGCACCAACUCCUCAGCGCCGAUUCCGCCCACAGAGUCCCGGAGCCAGAGUCGCUUUGGCUUUGCACUGCAGGAAAGGGACUUAGGCGCUAGAGACGAUGUCGCUUUCCUGAGCUACCGCGAGCUCUCGUGAACUGCAAUCGACUGCUUCAGGGAAAGGGGUGGGGGAAAGACUUGCCCCGGAGGCGGCGAGAAACUUGCGUUUGGAAGAGACUCCGGCUACCAACGUUUGGAGAAACUCCUCGCCGCGGCCGACUCCAGCCUCGGUGCCCGCAGGGAGCACUUCAGCGGUGAGGGAGGACGGAGGGCCUCGGGGACUCUAGGUUGGCGGCGGGAGGCAGCCGCCCCUGGCCCGCACGCCGCUCAGGGGACCCUGGUCUCCGCCCCGGGGAGCCCGCAGGGCCCGGCGACCGCGCCGCGAGCGUGUGAGCGCGCGUGGGCGCCCGGCAAGCCGGGGCCAUGGUACAACAGACCAACAACGCGGAGAACACGGAGGCUCUGCUGGCCGGGGAGAGCUCGGACUCGGGCGCCGGCCUGGAGCUGGGCAUCGCGUCCUCCCCGACGCCUGGCUCCACCGCGUCGACGGGCGGCAAGGCGGACGACCCCAGCUGGUGCAAGACGCCCAGUGGCCACAUCAAGCGGCCCAUGAACGCCUUUAUGGUGUGGUCGCAGAUCGAGCGGCGCAAGAUCAUGGAGCAGUCGCCCGACAUGCACAACGCCGAGAUCUCCAAGCGGCUGGGCAAACGCUGGAAGCUGCUCAAGGACAGCGACAAGAUUCCGUUCAUCCAGGAGGCGGAGCGGCUGCGCCUCAAGCACAUGGCUGACUACCCUGACUACAAGUACCGGCCGCGAAAGAAGGUGAAGUCGGGCAACGCGGGCGCGGGAUCGGCGGCCACAGCCAAGCCAGGGGAGAAGGGCGACAAGGUCGCGGGCAGCAGCGGCCACGCGGGAAGCAGCCACGCGGGGGGUGGCGCGGGCGGCAGCUCCAAGCCCGCGCCCAAGAAGAGCUGUGGCCCAAAGGUGGCGGGCAGCUCGGUCGGCAAGCCCCACGCUAAGCUGGUCCCUGCGGGCAGCGGCAAGGCGGCUGCAUCGUUCUCUCCGGAGCAAGCUGCCCUGCUGCCCCUGGGGGAGCCCACGGCCGUCUACAAGGUGCGGACUCCCAGCGCGGCCACUCCGGCCGCCUCCUCCUCGCCGUCCAGUGCGCUGGCCACCCCAGCCAAACACCCUGCCGACAAGAAAGUGAAGCGCGUCUACCUGUUUGGAAGCCUGGGCGCUUCGGCGUCUCCCGUCGGGGGCCUGGGAGCGAGCGCCGACCCCAGCGAUCCACUGGGGCUGUACGAAGAUGGAGGCCCGGGAUGCUCGCCCGAUGGCCGGAGUCUGAGCGGCCGCAGCAGCGCAGCAUCAUCGCCAACCGCCAGCCGAUCGCCCGCUGACCACCGCGGCUACGCCAGCCUACGCGCAGCCUCGCCCGCCCCGUCCAGCGCGCCCUCGCACGCGUCCUCCUCUCUCUCCUCGUCCUCUUCCUCCUCCUCGGGCUCUUCGUCGUCCGACGAGGAGUUCGAAGAUGACCUGCUCGACCUGAACCCCAGCUCAAACUUUGAGAGCAUGUCCCUGGGCAGUUUCAGCUCCUCAUCGGCGCUCGAUCGGGACCUGGAUUUUAACUUAGAACCCGGCUCAGGCUCCCACUUCGAAUUCCCGGACUAUUGCACGCCGGAGGGUGAGGUACUCAGUUCUCAUGCAGCUUGUCAAGACUCUGCACAAAAUGGUGGUGGCUCUCUUCCUCCAAUCUCCACCACCCACCAUUGCGGCACAGCACGAAGCCUUUCUCGGGAUGGUGGAGCCCAGGAGGCAGAGGCAGUUUCAAGACAGUUGGUUUAAUGGAGUCCUGACAACAUGCCAGGCACAAGUCAAGUCGUGGCAUGAGCUUUGCAACCAGAGCCUUUCCUUCAACCUGCAGACUUUGUGGUAAAGGCCAAAGUUACAACUCAUUUAUACACCACCUUGUUUUGAACCGCCCCUAAGGCACUCCAGUGACAAGACAUCGACAUCUGAUUGGAAGGUUUUGGGUUUUAUUUUUAAUGACUUGGAAAGAAGGAACAAAUGAA